AUGGCUAGAGUCCAAGCCCUUCCUAACAGACCGUACAAAUAUGUGCUCACGGCCAACUCUGCUGAUUAUAGUAAACAUGAGGAAGUCUUCGGGGGAAUUGCGAAGGUCCUCAGUGAAAGCGCAGUAGAUGGUAACACUAACUACGAGGCUCAGGGACAGGCCUUUAGAUAUGCCACCUACCUUACUGAGUUCGGCUUCACUGAGGUUGGAAAAACCAACCUCGAUGGGACUCCGGCACGGGUACUCGUCGGCUACGCCGCCAACAUGCCAGGAGGUGAUACACUUGAUGGGUUCGCUAAGGAAGGACUGGGGGCCGACUUCUUCACUGUGUACAUGGAUGGAAAUGUUGAUGGUAAAGUAUUGAAGAUGGAGGCCAGGAAUAGCUAUAUGGGUAACGAACUCUAUCAAGAAGUGUUGGUGACAGCUUACGGCGAGCUCAAAGGGGAUAUGAGCCUCAAGGAGGCUGUUGACGAGCUCCACGCCACUUAUGCGAGUUCUGUUGAAUACAACAUGUCAGCACAGAACCCGUUCGUCAGCUCUGCAUUCCAUACUCACAGUACCGCGAUUGUGUCUGGGAAGUACUUGUCAGAAGCUGAGCGUCUAUUCUAUUCGGCUUAUGAAAGACGUUGGUCGGUACUGGAUUGGAUGAAGAACGGUCGCGGCGCUCGAGGUCUUCGCAAUAACAAUGCGUCAUCUAUAUUUCAACCUAUCAAGUAUUUUGGUAUUGAACCAAACAGUGCUGCUGAAGAGUACUUUAAGGAUCAAAACCAUGGUAGGCACCUUCAAGCUGUUCUUCAAAUGGCUUUCCCUGCAGAGUGUAGCUUGACGAAGAAGCCGGAUAGUGACAUCUUCUGUGUCCAUGCUGGAAUAAACACGAAAGAUUCUACCAUCGAUGUCAAAGGAUCGCUGUUCGACCAUUAUUCGCCCGAUGAAAAACGUAUUUCGGCCGGAUUCAUACUCGUCCAGGAGAGCAAACUUGCUGUUGACCUCCAUAUAUCUGGUGGGGGCACUGCCGUCGUCUUUGCAACCGAUGGCGAAGUACGCCUCGAGGCUACCGCUGGUCUUCAAAUUCUGGACGGUGGGAACCCUAGGCAUUCCGAUGGUCCAGUGAAGAUAGCCUGUGGUUAUGAACUCAGUGGCUCGGUGUCGCUCAAGGCUGGUAACACAGAUCUGCUAACUGCUACAUUCGGUGGUGUUGGAGUGGUCGGUGGCGGUGCCGAUAAUUUGAUCGGAAACUACAUCCCGCUGGAGGGUGGACUCGAUGCCCUAGUCACCGGAUUCAUAGUUAAGGGUACCUUCCUCGUUCAAUCAACAGGUGGAAGUUUCCUGAAGUACACACUCGACUUCCCUGUUGCUUAUGGUAUCUGGGCGCCCUUCUACAGUCACACGGGUAGUUUGAGUGUCUUUAAUCACGAGGAGAUCAACCUUUUCAACAUCUGA